UUCCUGUACUGGAAUACUUCCGCCGAGAAGCUCAAGGAAGGUCUCGCGCGAGAGAGACGACGACAGUUCGGUCUUUUGCUUCUCAAGCAAUUUCUCUCUCUCUUUUCACAGAUACAGACGGAAGCGAAGGGCCGAAGCUCUGAGAAAAUCCCAAUUUGCACGCGGCUCCAGGUGCCCAAGUUCUUCCCCUGUGCUGGCCCGAGAUUCCAGUUCCACCUGUCCAUGGUCAGAUUUUACCCCUCUUGUUUUGGUUUUUCCGAUUUGAUCCGGCGGAAAAACGCGAGUGAUUGUGGUGGAAAUCGGGUGGGAGGUCGGUCAUCGAAUGGUUAAUUGGAUUGGAUUGGAUUGGCGGAAGUAUCCUGGCGUGGAAGAUAAGGAAAACGAUCUAAUCAAAUUCGUGCCUCCGAUCCUGAUGAUUAUCUUCAGUUGGUGAUAAUUGCAGGAGAAAGUUGAAGUAUGAUGCAGAAUCGAAGUCCGCCGAAGCACAGACACGAUGGAACCUCGCCACUGCCUCUUGGAAUGGACUGGAGCCCUCCUCCUCGAAAAUGGAAUGGAAAGGACACAGUUUGGCCUCAUGACCAUCACACUGGAUGGAGUUACUGUGUUGUAGUACCUUCAUGGGUUGCCCUUCCUCAAGCACGGGUUUCAGAUCCCAUAGUGUUCUACAGGGUUCAACUUGGUGUACAAUCACCUGAAGGGAUCACAACAAUGCGUGGAGUAUUAAGGCGAUUUAACGAUUUCUUGAAUUUAUUUUCUGACGUUAAAAAGGCUUUUCCAAAGAAAACAGUUCCUCCAGCUCCACCCAAAGGAAUCUUACGGAUGAAAACCCGGGCACUCUUAGAAGAGAGAAGGCGCUCUUUGGAGGAGUGGUUGACGAAGCUGCUGUCUGACAUUGAUAUAUCGAGAAGUGUUGCAGUGGCGUCUUUCCUUGAGCUAGAAGCUGCUGCUAGGUCUUCUUUCCAACAAGAUAAUCAGGGGACUUCAAGGGAAUACCCUGAUUAUAACAGCAAAACUUCUGCACAUCAAUCCCCUCCUAAUUCAAGCUCAUCUACUGCUGCUGGCGGUUUGUCACUCGCAUCGGAUUAUGGUAGUGAUACUGCUUAUGAGGCCUCCGAACUUGGCACAGCAAGUCUGGGAAGAGAUGAUAAUUCUGAAAUUGCUAUUGAAGACCUAGCUCUGGAUGACGAUCUGACCAGUCCAAUUGAAAAGUUAGUGAAGUAUGGAUUGUCCAACAUUGACGAGGGACUGUUUAUGGGACAGACCAUUCUUGAGCAGUUAGAAGGUCUUCCAAAACAUAAAGUGCAUCCUAGAUUUAACAACAAUUUAAAGGAUGUGCAUAAUGGUAAUGCUUCUAAGGCUUCAUACUUGGAUAAAAAUGGACUGGUUCCAUAUGCAGAGCCAGAGCAUGCCAAGGCAAUUGGUCACGCUCGCAAGCUGUCUGAUGACAGUGUGGCAAGUGAUGCAAGUUCUCUGAGAGGUGGAGAAAUUUCAAGCUUUUCACUUCCAAAUUCAGUAGGCAAUGGCUCACUUGACCAUUCAGGUGUUGAGGUUUCAAACACAAUCGAAAUUCAUGGCAACCCUGAUUUGCAUUUUUCACGUGAUGCACUGCUCCUUCCAAAGGAUCAUCGCCAUAAAAUGAAUAGGGUUCUUUCAACAAUGCAUCAAAGGCUAGUGACAGCAAGAACUGACAUGGAGGACCUUAUAUCAAGAUUGAAUCAGGAAAUAACUGUGAAAGAUUACCUUGCAACAAUGGUUAAGGAUUUAGAAGUUGAACUUGAAACAAACAAGCAGAAGAGUAAAGAAAACCUUCAGCAAGCUAUUUUGAUGGAGAGGGAAAAAGUCACCCAAAUGCAGUGGGAAAUGGAGGAACUUCGUCACAAAUCACUGGCAAUGGAGUUGAAAUUGAAGUCUAAAGAGGGGGAAAAUCCAAUUUCAGUGCCUACAGAAGAAACUAGCCUCCAGGAGAAAAUUGCCUUGAAAGAAGAGCUCAAUUCCACGAAAGAACAACUAAAGAAUGUUUCCAAGCGAUUUGAAGAGCUUGAAGGAAAAUCAAAAGCAGACAUCAAGGUUCUUGUUAAAGAGGUCAAAUCUCUUCGGAGUACACAAGCCAAACUUAAACAAGAGCUUAGUCAAACACUUCAACAGAAGUCUGCGACUGAGGAGUUCCUUCAACAAGAAAGAGAAAUGAGACAGCAAGCAAACACUGCGCAGAAAAAGCUGCUGUCCGAAUGUAGGAGUCUGCAUGGUCGGCUUCAAAAGUGCCACAUGAACCUUUCAGCAGAUGAUGAUUGUAACGACGUUGUGGAAUCAUCAUCCCUAUCUAAUGCAUUGGAUUUGUUGACAACAUCUGAUGACCAAAUAAAUCUCCUCCUGGCUGAGGCAAAUCUUCUGUCCAACAACAACCAAACUGCUGCAUCAAUGGCGGAUGAUAAUGUUCAGGAAAGAAUCGACUAUGAUUCGACCAAGGUAGAUGCAGAGUUGAGGAUGGUGCUUAAAGACAUGUUCACAGAGAACGCCAGGUUAAGGAAACAGGUCAAUUAUUGUCUGCGGCAUAGUAUGAAACUGAGGAUGUCAAAGGAAGCCGAUGGUUCAGAGGCUUCUUCUUCUUCACAGAAUACUAAAGUAAAUACCACAUCAGAGACAUGAUUCCAUAUUGAAUCAGAGUAUAUUAUUUCCCCCUUUGUUUUUUUCCCUCUCUCUCUCUCUGUUUCUCCCCAUCUACCCUUUAAAAGUUUAACAAAGCAGCACUUUUUGUUGAUUCAGUAGCCAUUUUGCACAUCAUUGGAUAAAUAAUGCUCUGCUUGGUAUAGUGCGAUGAUUUUAGUUAGUGGGCAGCCAACAAAAGCUUAGUUCAGCAGUAAUUGGCAUACCUCUCUGAUCAAGAGGUCAUGAGUUCGAAUCUUUCCGCCCGUACUUGUUGUGCUAGAAAAGAAACUUUCUACCACGGUGUUCUUUUUUGUUAUAAUCAGGGUACCCUACAAAACGAUAAGAGAGACUUAUAUACCCCAAAUAUUUUAGCUAUUUGGCUCUUUU